CUGAUCAAAGCAACACAAUGUGGCAAUAAGUUACCAACUGCUGGUGAUGACUACGAUUUUUACGCUUCUUAUUCAUCUUUUCAACAAUUCAUGCAAGAAGCUGGAGAUCGUUUACUCUCCCUCAAUGGAGCAUUGAUUCGCCACUUAGGCCUUAAUUGUAGAUGGCCACUUCAGUCAGAUGCUUUUGAUAUUGAUGACAGAACCGACUCGUUAAUAGACGCUAAUGAUGCAAUAUUAGAAAAAGUCGAUCUACUAAUAGAUGAAGCUCAAGGUAUCAAAAGAAAUGUUGAACCGAUGAUUCCUGCCAACUCUAAUCAAAAUUAUCCUAAAAUCGCUAGUUGGAACACAAAAAGGGAUAAGGUCAGAGCCAUGGCGGAAAACUUCAAAUUUCUACAUGCUAAGAAUAUUCAAAGACCUCAACUACAGUUCAAAACGAAAAUCGAUAAUUCAAGCUCACCCUUUAUACCAAAACUGAAAUGCAAGCCGAAUGCCCUUGUGCCAUUACCUAAAGAGUACAUGGAAGAUGAACAAACUGCACGCACCGACAAAUUCUCUUCGAAAGUGAUAAAACUAGAUCCGGAAGCUGAAGACGAUAACGUAGAUGGCCAAGAAUCCAGACACCCCUAUCGGUACGAAAUUAAACAUUUACAACCUAUGGAUUGGCAGCUGAAAUCAAAAAAGCCUAUGAUGUAUCUUCCACUUGAUGAAACCCCGUUGAAUGUAAUUACCGAAAAGGAUGAAUUAAAAGAUUUGUUGGAAACAUUAAAAUCUGUUACUGAAUUUGCUGUUGAUUUGGAGCAUCAUAGUUAUAGGUCAUAUCAAGGCUUUGUAUGUUUAAUGCAAAUAUCCACACGUGAUGCGGAUUACAUAGUCGAUACUCUUGCACUUCGAAGUGAAUUAUGGACAUUAAACGAAGUUUUCUCGGAUCCAAAGAUUAUCAAGAUUUUGCAUGGAGCUGACAGUGAUAUUAUCUGGCUGCAACGAGAUUUUGCUAUCUACGUGGUUAACAUGUUUGAUACUGGGCAAGCAGCUCGACUUCUACAGUUUCCUCGCUUUUCUUUAUCAUAUUUACUUUUAAAAUACUGUAAUGUAACUGCAAAUAAGGGAUUACAGUUAGCAGAUUGGAGAAUUAGGCCUUUGCCUCAAGAGAUGGUCCAAUACGCACGAGAAGAUACCCAUUACUUAUUGUACAUAUUUGAUGUCCUUACAAAUGAAUUAAUGAAUGCUUCGACGUCAGUGGAUUUGUUAAAAUCAAAUUUCGACAGAAGCAAGAAGAUUUGUUUACGCACUUACGAAAAGCCGGUUUUUAAUAAAAAGUCUUAUUUGAAUUUAUUAUAUAAGCAUAAAGGUCGCUUUAAUCAUCAGCAAAAUUAUGCAUUUGCAAAGCUGUAUUCUUGGCGCGAUAGUGUUGCUCGAGAUAAUGAUGAGAGUGCAAACUUUGUCCUUCCAAAUCAUAUGCUGCUACAAAUUGCAGAAAAUUUACCAAGAGAGCCUCAGGGAAUAUUAGCUUGCUGUAACCCAAUUCCGACUUUAGUGAGACAGUACAUAGGAGAUAUUCAUCAGAUUAUCAAAAAAGCCCGAGAACGAAGUAUCAAUGAAGUAAUGUAA